AUGUCGUCAAUAACAGAUGAAAAAACGUCUAAUGAAGAACAGCAACCUGCUGGCAGAAGAUUAUAUUAUAACCCUAGCACAUUUGCAGAGCCACCUCUAGUGGAUGAGGACGGUAACCCUAUAAACUACGAACCAGAAAUUUACAACCCAGAUCAUGAAAAGCUAUACCACAAUCCAUCGCUGCCCGCGCAAUCGAUUCAGGACACUAGAGAUGAUGAGUUGUUGGAAAGAAUUUACAGCCAGGAUCAAGGUGUAGAGUACGAGGAGGAUGAAGAGGACAAGCCAGACCUAAGUGGCGCAUCCAUAAAAAGUUACGCUGCAACGAGAUUUACAUCCUUACUACGUAUUCACGAGUUCUCUUGGCGAAACAUCAACCCCAUCCCUGAACUGCGCAAAAUGACGUGGCAGAACUGGAACUAUUUUUUUAUGGGCUACCUCGCGUGGUUGUCAGCAGCGUGGGCAUUCUUUUGUGUUUCAGUAUCAACAGCUCCAUUGGCUAAAUUAUAUGAUAGACCAACAAAGGACAUUACCUGGGGGUUGGGGUUAGUGUUGUUUGUUCGCUCAGCCGGUGCUGUUAUAUUUGGUUUGUGGACAGACAAGUCUUCGAGAAAAUGGCCGUACAUUACAUGCUUGAUUUUAUUUGUAAUUGGACAGCUCUGCACUCCUUGGUGCGACACAUAUGAGAAAUUUCUGGGCGUAAGGUGGAUUACUGGUAUUGCUAUGGGUGGUAUUUAUGGGUGUGCUUCUGCAACAGCGAUUGAAGAUGCCCCAGUGAAAGCACGUUCGUUCCUCUCAGGUCUAUUUUUUUCUGCGUACGCCAUGGGAUUCAUCUUCGCAAUCAUUUUUUACAGAGCCUUUGGUUACUUCAGAGAGGAUGGCUGGAAGAUACUAUUUUGGUUUAGUAUUUCCUUACCCAUUUUACUAAUCUUCUGGAGAUUGUUAUGGCCUGAAACGAAAUAUUUCACCAAAGUUUUGAAAGCCCGUAAGCUAAUAUUGAGUGACGCAGUGAAAGCUAAUGGUGGCGAGCCUCUACCAAAGGCCAAUUUCAAACAAAAAAUGGUGUCGAUGAAAAAAACAGUUCAAAAGUACUGGUUGUUGUUUGCGUAUUUAGUUAUCUUAUUGGUGGGACCAAAUUACUUGACUCACGCUUCGCAAGACUUGCUGCCAACUAUGCUUCGUGCUCAAUUAGGUCUAUCCAAAGAUGCAGUCACGGUCGUUGUGGUGGUCACUAACAUUGGUGCUAUUUGCGGGGGUAUGAUAUUUGGACAGUUUAUGGAAGUUACUGGAAGAAGAUUGGGCCUGUUGAUUGCAUGUACGAUGGGUGGUUGCUUUACCUACCCUGCUUUUAUGUUGAAAAGCGAAAAUGCCAUAUUGGGCGCCGGUUUUAUGUUAUACUUUUGCGUCUUUGGUGUUUGGGGUAUUUUACCAAUUCACCUUGCAGAGCUAGCUCCUGCUGAUGCAAGGGCUUUGGUUUCCGGUUUAGCCUACCAGUUAGGUAAUCUGGCUUCUGCAGCCGCUUCCACAAUAGAGACUCAGUUAGCUGAGAAAUAUCCAUUGGAAAGAGAUGCCUCCGGAACUGUGAUCAAAGAAGAUUAUGCUAAAGUGAUGGCCAUCUUGACUGGUUCUGUCUUCAUUUUUACAUUCUUUUGUGUUUUUGUGGGACAUGAAAAAUUCCAUCGUGAUCUAUCUUCUCCAGUUAUGAAGAAGUACAUAAACCAAGUUGAGGAAUACGAAGCCGAUGGUCUUUCGAUUAGCGAUGUUGUGGAACAAAAGACAGAAUGUGCUUCAAUGAAGAUAAUUGACUCAAACACCUCAAAGCCAUAUGAAGAGGAGCAUAUUGAGACUGUUUAA